AAUUCUGUUAUUAUAACUGUCAAAAUUCCUUUUAGAAUUUGAAGAACUAAUCAAAAUAAUAAAACAAUGAAAAACACAAAUGUGUCUAAAGCUGAAAAAAUGCCACCUCAAAAAAUAUGUCCUGCUGCUGAACCGGUGGAGAAAAUUGAAAAGAAUACGAUAAAAAACAUAGUAAUAAUGGACGAUAAGGCGUCGUGUAAGGAACUGGAUGGAUGGAUAGAACAGCUAAAUGAUUGCAAGCAAUUAACGGAAAACCAAGUUAAAACACUAUGUGAUAAGGCUAAAGAAAUAUUGUCAAAAGAAUCAAAUGUACAAGAAGUGAAAUGCCCAGUAACAGUAUGUGGAGAUGUCCAUGGACAGUUCCACGAUCUGAUGGAACUGUUUAGGAUAGGAGGUAGGAGCCCAGAUACUAAUUACCUGUUCAUGGGAGAUUAUGUAGAUCGUGGAUACUAUUCUGUUGAGACUGUCACCUUAUUGGUAGCACUGAAAGUCAGGUACAAAGAGAGAAUUACAAUUUUGAGAGGCAACCACGAAUCAAGACAAAUCACACAAGUUUACGGAUUUUACGAUGAAUGUCUAAGGAAAUACGGUAACGCAAAUGUAUGGAAAUUCUUCACCGAUCUGUUCGAUUAUUUGCCCUUAACAGCACUCGUCGAUAGUCAAAUUUUCUGCCUGCACGGUGGAUUGAGUCCUAGCAUUGAUACCUUGGAUCACAUUAGGGCACUAGAUCGUUUACAAGAGGUACCUCAUGAAGGUCCAAUGUGCGAUCUUCUAUGGUCUGACCCGGAUGACCGCGGAGGCUGGGGCAUCUCUCCCGUGGAGCUGGCUACACCUUCGGACAGGACAUUUCAGAAACGUUCAACCAUACCAACGGUCUGUCUUUAGUAUCUAGAGCGCAUCAGCUCGUCAUGGAGGGUUAUAAUUGGUGUCAUGAAAGAAACGUAGUCACCAUUUUCAGCGCCCCUAAUUAUUGCUACCGAUGCGGUAACCAGGCGGCCAUUAUGGAAUUAGAUGAUGCUCUUAAAUAUUCAUUCUUACAGUUUGAUCCAGCACCAAGACGUGGCGAACCUCAUGUUACGCGUAGAACUCCAGACUAUUUCCUUUAAACAUUCUUAUUGAUACGUUUUUUUUCAACUGCAAUAUAUCAUACAAAAAAAUACAAAGAAGAAAGCUUAGUAUAAAUAAUUGUAUUUGUAAAACAAAAUAUCAUAUAGUCUAUUGCGAUGACGCGGGCGAACACCACAUCCCAUUCUAUAUACUAUUACGAUUAUUAUUAUUCUUAAUAUUUUUAUUAUAUUGAUUCCUUUUUGAUAACGAUAAAUAAAUUGUAAGUAUGUUAUUGGUGUACUAUUUAAUUCUCGAGACUUGUCUAGCUGUGUAAUUACAAUUAUUUACCCUUUAGAAUUACGUAGGGCUCCCUUUCGAUCGUUAUCAAGAGGGUUUUCAUUGAGACAAUGGGUAUGUUGCGUCGAUCGCUGCGAUUCUGGUUUAUUUUUUUCAUUUUUCAUCCCCCAGUACUACUAGAUUUGUAUAAAAGACCAAGGGAAAUGCAUCCAAAAUGUAUUUUGCUUGUAUUUGUAUAUAUUGAAUGAAUAUGUGGACUGUACACUCCUAAUUUUGCAUUUAGAAAUACUUUUGUCUAACAGAAACUGCUAGCUCGAAAUAUAUAUUCGGAAAUGGCAAAUUAUCGGAGGUGCUUUUAACACCAGCGGCCUAUUAUUUGAUACUGUGGAUAUUAUAUGUGAAAAAGAUGCAAUUAUAGUAAAACUUACUGUUAUAGUUUAUUUUGUUUUCCAUAAUCCACAUAUUUGAAAGAAUUAAUAAAGUUUCAGAUUGUUAAAUCAGUAGAAACAAUUAUCUAAUCCACUUAAUAUUUUUCAUAUUUUUCAUCCCUACCCUAUUCUAGGGCACUGUUACAUCCGUUACCCUAUUAACAGGACUUUAGAACACCAUAGUUGCAAUGCUACUUAAUUUCUAUAUCUCAAAUUGCCAUCCAAAUCAUGUUUGUCCAUAUAGUGGUAGACCGCCACUAUGCUGCAAUCAAAUGCCAAUGCAAAUUGCGAUUGCAAACGAACUUUUUCCUCGGUCCACCGCUCAUUCUCUCUCGCUGCACGAUUUUCUGUUCUUGUCGAGCUUCAUCAAGAAUUUGUUGACGACUUUUUCAAUGUUUUCGGGAUUAUGGCCUUUAACGGGUAGUUAAGUAUCUAACUAUGACAACUACCAUAGUUACCGGAUGCCAGAGAUGGAAUUUUUAUGAGAGAAGGCAACCAAUUUAACAUAGCAACUAAGACCUGAUGUUUGGCUGCCCUACGCUAUGCAGCGUGUAGCCGUUCAUGCUAGUUGUCGAAUGUACAGAGAUUCUUAUUCAUCUCUUCUUAUACUGGCAUCACAUAUGCGAAACCAGUUUUUUAUGUCUCUUAACCAUGAAUGUUGUUUUCGCUCAGGGCCUUAACCUUCAACUUACCCGUCAAAAUGACGUUUAGGAGAUUAUAUUUGUUAUUUCAUAGAAUAUGCCUUAAGUAUGAAAUCUUUUGAUGCUCAAAAAGAUCUAUAAUUAUCUUUGGACGUUAGCUCUUCUUGGGGCUUUAUUAUUUUGUACAUAGAAUUCUGAGCAGUCUUCUGAGGCACCACAUUUCGAAAGGCUCCACACGAUUUAGAUAUCUCGCUUCCAUACAUUAGGAUAGGUUAUAUGUAACUUCACGUCGAAUGAGGUUUUUAUAAAGGUUUAAUAGCUUUAUUAUUUAUAUUUAACUGAGCUUCCAUAUGGGAUUGUCUGUUGAUUCUCAUAUAUUUGGUCUUUGCUAUAACUAUAUGUUGUUCCAAACCUGAAUUAGUUGUCCAGUUACUACAGAAUUUACCUGUACACAACACUUGCUAGGGUAACCUGUUUAGAAACCUGGGUCUCUCAUCAAAACCACUAUUGAUUUAAAACUAUGCCCCUCUUAAUUAUUAUAAUUCUCAAUUAUCUCAGCACGUGCCGAUUAUGCAGCAAGCUCAAGAGAUAGAUAUUACAGCUGUAAAAAGAUUUAAAAUCCAACGACAUAAAAGCAGUAUAUCUUGACUUCCACUAUACCAUUCCAGAUAAAAGUUUUCACCACACAGUGUAGAAUCUUAUGCAACGCUCUUUUGUCAUGUUGACUCUUGUAUAAACAUUGCUGAUGAGAAAAAAAAUGUUGGUCGUCAUAUUUGACAGAAAAUGACAAAUUAAUCACGAGAUUAAAUCAAAUAUUAAGUCAUACAGAAGAAUUAGAUUUUAAUUUCUGUUUGACCAACUAUGACACUAUUUGACAGCAAAGUCAGUGUGUAGCAGCUACAAAAAAAGAGCUGUUCGUUCAUUUUCAUAGUUUCCUCUCCUUCAUUUGCAAUGAAGUAAUUAUAAUUUGUAAUAUAAUUUGUUGACUCUAUUAAUGAAUACAAAAUUAGGAGCAGUAGCAGAAAAACUAUUUCAACUGACUCAAUUUAUUUUAUUAAUAAGUCCUGGUAUUUUUACGUUUGAAACUUGAACAUUUUGGAUGCUUUUUAUCUUCGAUCUUUGUAAAGAAAACGUGGAAUAAAGUAAAACAAUGUUAAAUAUUACCUAGGUAUUUUAAUGCAUUAAAUUAUAUACUCAAUGCUUGAAGGAUAAUAUAAAGAAGCAUUUGUUUUUUUUUAAUAUUUUUUUCUCUUCAAACUCUUUUGUGUGCGGCACAUUUUUGUAGGUAUCUUCGUUUGGUGGAAAAAUAGAGGUGGAAAUUAAUAAUAGGUCUAUAACGUGAAGUACACUUUUUAUUAUAAUUAUUUCGUUUUUUAGUAUUUAAUGAUAUUUAUCUAUUUAACAGCUCUAAUAUUCUAAUAAGCAUUUUUUUAUCAAAUGAAGGUAUCAAGUUGUAAAAAGAACCUAAAAUUGUACAAAUAUUUCGACAUUCUUGGUUGUUUUCCAAAAAAAAUGUAGAUGUCAUUAAGAUUUUAUUGAUCUUUGUUUCCAUAUAGUUAAAUUCUGGAAUAAUCUCCUUGUCUAAUUAUUCCAAAAAGCUUAUUUUUAUUAACGUCACAUUUUAUUUUCAAUUUCCUACUGUAAGUCUAAACAAUUUUUUUUCUGUUUUUUUUUCUUUCAAAUAAAAUUUAGUGAGUUAACUGCUUUUAUUUUUUUAAUAGUCAGAACUCGUUUCACGAGAAGCUAAUUGCCACCUUGCGUUCCAUUUUUUUAUUCGACGAUUUUGUCACGUGACCUAUUGAGGUUAUGUUAAAAUUGUUUACAGAUUGUUUAGGAAAAAAAAAUAUAAAACAUAGAGGCUUUUAAAAGUAGGGCAUAUUUUAAAUCGAAAUUACAUAAAAAAAGAACGUUUUUCAGAGAAUAAAAAUCAUUGCACAAUCAUCAGUAAGUGAAACAGAAUUCAUUGAUAUAAAUUUUAUCUCCGUAGACAUCGUUCAAUCUUACUACACUAGUACCCAAAGGUUUUUCCCACCAUUUAUAAUUCCACUUUGAUUGUGUUGCAUAAGGUUUCUUACAAAUCAAACACAUUACAUUUUUAAUACAAUUUAAAAAAUACAAUAGAGUACAAUACAAUAGGAAAUAGAGCAAAUCACCGCUAUACCAAAAGUAAACCAAAAUAAAGUAUUUUUUGAGUAUUUAUUUAAACACACGGUUAGUUGCAUAGUACAAACUAUGCCUAUUUCCAAUUUACUAUUGCUAAUUACAAAUUCAAAACCAAUAAACUCAAUAUCUGGUGUCAAAAAUGUCAUCCAGUCGUCCAAUGAGAAGAUGGAACGCAAGAUGGCAAUUAGCCUCUCGUCUCUUUUCUUGUAGUUGUCAUAUUUCAAAUUUGUCAAAUGUCAGUGUAUAGUGUAGUAGAAAUGUGAAAAAAAGUAAUAUGAAUAAGGAGUGAAAGGUAAUACAAUAGUAAUAUAAAAGUAUAUGGAACUUAUAAUAUUCUAGUUAUUUGCAUAGUAUAUUCUCAACUAUAGACAAAAGCACACGAAGCAAUGAAUCAAUUGAAACUUCAGAAAUAUUAACAUUUCGCAGAUAAACCGCUGAGUGAAUACCGCGCUUGUAACCGUUUUGCCGGAGUAUAUUUUGGAAUACUGGGGCAUACUGUGUAGGUAAAGAACAAAUAAAUUUGAUGACUGAAAUCGAACUGAUAAAAAUAAGUAAAUAUAUGGCUGAGUAAUGGAUCAGAAUAGUAGAAGAUGCGUGCGAGAAAUAUAUCAACUUGCAUGUGUUUCUUAAAGUUACAUUUUAGCAUAAGGAAGUAAAUUUUAUCAUUAUUACACUCAUUGUCCAUUUUCUACGUAUGUCAUAACCACUUUUUAUCGUGUAUUUACGAUAAAUCAAGUUAAUCAGCAAAUUUGUACCGUUUGUAUUAUUUUUAAUAUUUUCAUGCAAAUUAAUAAAAAUUAUUACUUUUUUACGAGAAAAAAUUAAGAAUGUCGAUGUUGUUUUUCGUGUUGCCAUUGUUUAAGUACUCGGUGUCCCUAAUAUUUUGUGGUAUAUUGUAAAACUUGUUAUUAAGACACCUAAUACAAUGGGAUAAUGAUAACGUUCCAAUUUGUGCCAGGAGUGCUGAAAUUUAAAAGAAUUAACAGUUUUCUCAGAUCAAUUUAAAACAUCCUUAUAACAAUUUUUUGUGGCAAAAAAAUUCUUUGUCGAAUGACAAAGAAUUAUUUUGUCACACACACACACACACACACGCGCGCAACAACUUUCUCAUUUGAUACAAAUCAGUAAACUAUAAUUUUAAUUCUAUUGAGUAACAUUUUCUUUGUACCGGAUAAAUUAAUAAAUUUCUACGUCAUCGAUUACAUAUACAAAAUUCUCAAAAUAUAGUGAAAUACGAUAAACAUUACUCAUAGUAUCAGAUAAUGGCAACAUCGCCUGUUAAAAUGCAUUCUUGGCACAAAUUGUGACGUUAUUAAUAUAACAAAUUGGUAUGUGCGUGCAAUGACAGUUGGACUUGAAAGCGAAAAGCAGCGUUGUCGUUACUUGCGGGAGUUCUUGGAUUUAAAGACUUACAAAUUUUUGCAGUUUCAAUUCCAGCUGUCGUUGUAUUCACGUUUAUUUCUAACGUACGCUAUGAGAAUUAUUUAAACGUAUGUCGUGUAUGUUUUUUACGGAUUAUUUCCACAUCAAACUGGAGGUUAGUUGUCGGUAUUUGAGUGUCAGUGUAUAGCGACAUUGAUGGUUCUGACAAAUGGAGCAAAGGAAGAAAAUUAACUUGAGACAAUAGCGAUUGGUGACUUUAAUGUAGCUGACGUAGCUUGUUAAUAAAAGACAAAAAACAGUUAAUGCCGCUAUAUGGAGAGUGUAGGUGUAAUCUGCAUUAUUUGUAAAUUGUAGUCAUUUGUAAAGGAGAGGGGAUGUUUCAGUUGACUCUCAAAAAUUGACAAACCGUUACUGGCAGAGUUGACGUCGUAGACAUGCAAUCUCUUUCAUUUAUUUCAAAUUUUUUAAAGACUGCUCAUUUGGCCGUUCAGUAAAUAAAAAGUAUUUCU